AUGCUCCAGGUCACCCCCUUCAUUGGUGACCUCCACCUCAACAUCAAAGUGGUUUUCCUGCCGCCAAAUACCACCUCUUUGAUUCAGCCUAUGGAUCAAGGGACUAUUGCAUCUUUCAAGUCCUACUAUCUCAGGAGGCCCUUUGCAAUGGCUAUUUCUGCAACGGAGAAUGACGAGAAGACACUGAAGGAGUUUUGGAGAGAAAACACCAUGUACCACUGCAUCAAGAACAUUGCUUGGGCCUGGGAUGAUGUCACAAAGCAAUGUAUGAACGGAGUGUGGAAAAAAGUCUUGAAGAGAUAUGUGCACAAUUUCAAGGGUUUUGAAACGGUCACAGAACUUGAGAAAAUUACGAACAAUCCUGUGAACAUGGCAAACGAGCUGAACCUCGGCGUAGAUGACGACGAUAUAGAAGAACUGCUAGACGUUGUUCCUGAAGAACUAACCAACGAAGAGUUGUUAGAGUUACAGGAACAUCGAAUAGCUGAAGAAAAGGAAAGGGAAAAGGAAAGUGAGGAGGAGGAGGUGGAGGAGAUACCGAAGAAGUUCGCCGACCUUAACACUCUGCUGAAAAGUGCCGAAGAGAUGUACCCCAACACUGAACGCUUCUCACUCAUAGAGAGGAAUGCACAUGCAGUGUUUGCCGCAUAUCGUCAAAUCUACGAGGAGAAGAAACAGCUGACAAAACAAAAACACUCGACAUAA